AUGUAUACAUGCGGCGCGUGCGCGCUGCUGCCGAUUUGCGCCGUCUUGCUUGAACGACACGCUGCGGAGUGCUUCACCUACCGUGGACCCCCUGGGCAUAUAGCUAGGGCUGGAUUGUCCUCGAAUCAGUGCAUCGGAGCACUAGUGUCGCGUCCUUUGAGGAACUCACGCUCAUGUGUGGUCUUCUCCGGCCUCAAAGAAAACGAUGCAGAUACGGAAGGCAGCAACAACGCAGACGACAUCGAGCAGCAGAUUCCAUUGAACCCGCUUGAUGCACAGGGCGAUGAGAACGCCGCGUCAAGUGGCAAGGAACCCACAAGGGAAGAGAUGUUGAAAGAGUACCGAGAGGCAAUACUGAAUGAUGGCUUUGACAAGCAGCUCACCGACCUACUUAUAGCUCAACCUGAUAUACCCAAAGAUCCCAGGGAUAGCGUCCCGCUGUCCAAAUUUGACUGGUUUCAGACGGACGGACCCCUAGAUUCGGAUGAUGAAAUGUUCUUGCGGGAGUACUGCGCAGAGAAGGUGCCCGAUAUAGAUGCCAUUUACAAGAGGGUGGAUCCGCAUGGAUUACGCAAGUACGCGCCGAAAAACAUCACAACGAUGGAGAAGACCUUAGGGAGGGUUUACGAUGUCAACCAGCCGCUGCUUGAUGAGGAGGCAGUAAAUGAGAGCCGUAACACGCAUACGAUUCCCGAACCUUCGCCGGCCGGAGCCGUCCAAGAUGGCGAGACGGGAGCUGCAGCCGAGUCAGCCUCACCUUCGGCUGAUGUUCCGAACGAAGGCGAGGUGGACGAGUAUGGCCGAAGAAUCCCCAGCAUUGAAGAAAUCGCCCUGACCGACAAUGAUUACGCGGUUUCCACAACUGCAGAUGACGACGCUAAUGACGAAGAGAGUGACGAAUUUAGGGAGUGCGCCCCUGAUAACAGUUACCACGAUACGCUUAAAGAUACUGUGAUAGAGGACGAUGCAUACCGCUAUUUUGUUACGCUUCCCAUGCUCUCUUGGACGACGUUCGAUAAGGACGCUCUCAACACUGCCUUGACCAAGCUGACCAAUUAUAACAAGAACUACAAGGAAAGCCAGCGGCAGUUGGGCACCAGCAGCCCAUACACGGUGUUCACGUCGGAGCCUUGUAGCAGCGUUGGUGUGAGCGAUGGAACAUGCGAAAUGUCACUGGCCGAAGAGUUGGCCGCGAUGGAGACUGUGCAGAUGAACCCGAUUGAGAUGUAUAUGGAGGAGUAUAAGCAUAGCGAUCUGCUCAACGACAUUGACGCUUACGAGGCAGCGGAGUAUCCGCGUGUAGUAGCGCAGGUAUGCGCCUCGGACGCUAAAUCACCUGUCUUCACUAUGGACGAUUUCACGCCAAAGUAUGCGGAAGUCGAUACAGUGGACCCCCGGGUGUAUGUAUCUGUGCCCAAAUCGAGCAUCAAACAGGAUAAAGCAGGCACGCUUGUUCUACGCGAACAGUUCUUGGUGAAGCGUGCCCGUGAUGUGCGCCUCAGCAGCCAGGUUACCGACAUCCCCAUCAGCUCCGAGCCUCAGAUUGGCACUAUUCUGAUUCCCAACGAAUUUGGUUACACUGACCAGAAUAUCCGCUAUCUAGCGGACGAGAUCGGGGUUAUAUCACGUUCGUUAGUUUUUGUGCCUGAAAUUUCCGACAACGACUUGGUGUUUUCGUUGACCCUAAAUAGGUUGAUAAAGCUGAUGCAGACAGCCUUCAACGUUAACCGCAUAUCUUUGGUGGCUUUGGGGAGUCAGGGCCGUCGGGUGGUUCAUUAUGUCUACACGGCAAUGCGGGAUACAGUCGAACGUACGCUGCAUGACUUUAAGCCGGUCGACCCGAAGCUUGACCCCGACAGGUUCCGCAGCAUGGGCAACAUGGGCCGAUUGGAAAGUAUUCUGGGGCGACAGAAGACGUUGAUGCUCGACGACAUCAUAUCUGGAAUCCAGCGUAUUGAGCACAACGAGAGCGUGAAGGCUGCCUUGUCGGAGCGGGACUACAACGUGAUAAAACCUCUGUCGAAUCUGUUACAGAGCAUCGUUUUGUUGGAUAGUGUUGACGUUAACUUCAAGGAGGUCGCCCAGCUGGGCAUCCCUGUGCAGUUUAACAUGUCCAAUCGCACCAAUCUGUUUGACGGCCUGCUGCGCCUAGAUAACCCAAAGCUCCUCUCACGCAAGAAAAAGGCCACAGGUUUCGACCACAAGGAUUCAAUAAAUCUGUUUGACUUCGCGGAGGCGCCACUGUCUCCCGCCCUUCAGGAGACGCUGGGUGAACACGUUCGUUUGCACUACGUUGGCCGCAACGAUAGUUCGGAAGACAAACCGGAUAUAUACCACAUGAGUACUAACCACACUGGCAUCGAUAUAUGCUUGAACUUCUUCCCCCAAGCCUCUGGACACUUCUACAUGAAAAAACCUGGUGCACCGAAAGGCGAACUAAAUUCUCUGGGCAACGCCAUUCUGUCCUGCGCCGAUUGGAUUCAUUCCUGGUCGUACUGA